AUGUUUAGCCACCUCCGCGCAAGCCGCCAAAUCAUUAUCCAAUUAGCCAAUAGCUCGUUACCGUCAAGCAUCAAUGACAACGGACGCCUGUUUGCAUUUGUGUUGGAGAUAUAUCGCUUUUUCAUUCUCAGUAACAAUAUCGUCCCCUACGGCUCUAUCAAUCGCCGAACCGUGCCUCAAGACACAUUCCUCGACGGCAUCCUCGGCACAAUGAACCAUUUCGACACAUGGGGAGUCGUCUUCGGCGACACCCAUGGCUUAUUCGAAAUUCUGCCUGACAUAGCAGUUCUUGCCGCCCGACGUCUCACAGAGCGAACCCCUUCACAGGCGAGCUUAGAGAUGCACCUAGCACUCUACGCCCGAAUAACAGAAUAUAAACCUCCAGAUUCUGCAGUCACUGGCCAGAAAUCGCAGCCGCAACGAGAUACAGCACUCAGUCUCUGCCGGGAGGCUACCCUCCUCUACCUCAGGACCGCAAUGGUCCCAGAUGCAUCAAAUGACACUGUAACGUUGGCGAAAGUACAGAAGCAUAUCGACAACAUCAUGCUAUACGCAGAGCAGGCCGCUGGAUCACCUUAUGAGACUAUAUUCCUGGGUCCUCUGGUUAUUGCAGGCUCCUGCAUGUUGCGAACUGAACAACGACAGUCACUCCUAGAUGGCCUGCGGUCUAACAGAUUCCACAUGCAGCACUGCUUGCAGGCUGCUUUGCUUCUUGAGCAGCUUUGGAAUGACCUGAGUGGACGUGUAUUCGGGCCAUAUGGAUUAGCAAUUACCAUGCGCCGUCGUGGGAUCAACCUAGGCAUUGCAUGA